AGGAAGAAGCGAAGAAAAGGGUUCGUCCCCACGUCAUCUAGCUAGGCUAGCUAGCUACUUUCCUCCCAAGCAAGCAAGGUAAUAAGCAAAGCAAAGCAAAGCAAAGCAAAUUAUCUGGAACCCUUUACUACCGAACAGCUAGCCCUCCCUCUCUCUCAAGUCCCAUCUCCAUCUCUUUCAUUCAUUAGCUCACACUCUUCCUCUCUCCUAGGGCUUUUUCUUUCUUUUGGGGGAAGAGGAGGAGGAGGAGGGGGGCUGACUGAGUGAGCUAAAUCGGAUUCUGGGUCCUCGAGAGAUGUGGGAUGCUCGAGCUUUUGAUGAAUCUCCUCUCGCUUUGUUGGAGGCCAAUUGAAGGCAACGCUCUUGUGGGAAACGACUUUUCCAGAGAUGGGUUGCUCUGGUUUCGCGACAUCGGCAAGUAUGCCGCCGCCGCCGAUUUCUCCAUGGCUGUUAUUCAGGCUAAUCUCGUUCUUGAAGAUCAGAGUCAGAUCGAGUCUGGAAAUUUUGGAACUUUCGUCGGAAUCUAUGAUGGCCACGGCGGCCCUGAGGCUUCAAGAUAUGUUUGCGAUCAUCUCUUCCGAAACAUCCAAGAAAUUUCGGCUGGGAAUGGAGGUGUUGUGAACUCGAAUACCAUUGAAAGGGCCUUUCUUGAAACAGAGAGAGGGUUUACUAGUUCAAUGGUGGAUCAAUUAUGGAAUUCCCGGCCCAACAUGGCCACAGUCGGUACUUGCUGCUUAGCCGGCAUCAUUUUCCGGCAGACCCUUUUCGUGGCAAACUUGGGCGAUUCCCGCGUGGUUCUUGGGAGGAAAGUCGGUAAUACAGGAGGUAUGGCUGCCAUUCAGCUAUCAACAGAACAUAAUGUAAACAAUGCUGAAAUCAGACAGGAACUUAAAGAAAUGCACCCAAAUGAUCCUCAAGUAGUUGUCCUCAAACAUGGUGUCUGGAGAGUCAAAGGCAUCAUUCAGGUUUCAAGAUCUAUAGGAGAUGUGUAUAUGAAAGAUGCACAAUACAACAGGGCACCCAUAAAUCAAAAGUUUAGGCUUUCAGAGCCAAUGGACAUGCCUUACUUAACCGCAACUCCAUCUAUUCUGACUCAUCCUUUACAACCCAAUGAUUCUUUUCUCAUAUUUGCCUCCGAUGGGUUGUGGGAACAUUUGAGUAACGAAACAGCUGUUGAUAUCGUCCACUCUCAUCCACGAGCUGGAAGUGCCAAGAGGCUUGUGAAGGCAGCUCUUCAUGAAGCGGCCAAGAAGCGUGAGAUGCGUUAUUCAGACCUAAAGAAGAUUGAGAAGAAAGUGAGACGCCAUUUUCACGACGAUAUUACCGUUAUUGUCUUGUUCUUAAACCACGAUGCUGCCGGCGCCCAGCAGGACCAACCUCCAGUUUCCCUUCGAAGUGCUUUGGAACACUACUGAUAUUCACAAAAGUUUUGCAUUUGGCUUGUAUUGAGAAGAAGAAGAAAUAAGAUGAUGAUGAUGAAGAAGAAGAAGGCUAAUGUGAUUAUUUUUAUUAUUACUGCAUCUGACUUAUUUUUGUCUAAUUUAUGAAUGAGUUACAUUAUUAUUUUGAAA